AUGGACGCGCAGUACCCCUUUGCUUCCCGUGACGACAUUUGGCGUGUCUUUGACGAGUUGAAGGAGCUCCACAUUGCGCAGUACGAGCAAGGCGAACGGCUCGCGCAACUGGAGCGUCGCCGGGACGACGAUGCCCGACUGAGGAGCCCUUGGUGUUCUGUCUCGCCAUUUCCGCAUUCGGUUGGGGCAAUCGCUCCAGGUAGUCCACCUCUGCCCUCCGGAUUCGAUCAGGGUCACCAUUCUGCAAUGACUAGUUCUGUUGUGGGGUUUGAUGGCGAGGAUGAGCCCAGACGGGGCGCAUCGCGAGCCAACAGUGUUCGUUUUGAUGAAAGUGCCAUCCACGGGAACGCCCAGGCUAGCCGUUCGAGCAAUGACCUUCCUUUGCGGACUGGUAGCAGCUUGAGUACUCACCCGCUUCUUGAGAGGACAUUUUCCCACCAAUCUGACGGACGAUUGAGCUCAUCCGGUCACUCGCACCAUUCCGCUAGGACUAAUAGCCUGCGCCUGAACACCACCCGGCUGCUUGGUACUACGCCUAUCGAGUCCCCUUUGAUUCCCCCUCCUGGACUCUUCUUGCUGGGGCCGGUCCCAUCCAUCAUUCGGUGCUGGUUGACUGAUUCUUUCACUAACGACUCUCUCCUGUAUGCAGCCGUUUGCUCGGGCUCUUACGUCUCAACUUUGGGUCUCUCCAUGGUCCGCGAUUUCGGGAUGGAGAACAUGAUCGUGCACGAAGGCGAUGUGCAGUACAUCAAACUUCCGCUCUAUCUCCCUGAGGCACUCAUUCACCCAUCUUCAUCGCGCCCCGGAACCCCUACUCACCAAGUCCCUUCCUUGACCAUCCGCUUCGUGGUUCGGGAGACCGAAGUCGGCAAUAACUCGAUUCAAAUCAUCAUUGGAAGCGAUGUGAUGCGCGCCCACAAUGCUGAUAUUUUGUUCUCGCAAGAUAAAUUGAUCAUGGUGGACGAUGACCACAACCGUGUAUCUGUCCCCCUCGUGCGUCCAGAGAAGGAAUCCGUGUUCAAAUCCCUUUGCACCUCCCCUGGUACACCCCAUUCUGGCGACAUACUGGGACCUCCUAUUAACGGACAUCAAUCCGUUGGUAUCAUUGGCCGGCCUGUCAAUGUUCAACAAAAGCCUGUCUCUACGCCUCCAUCAGCUCGUCUGCCUGGCAGCGAGAAUAACGAUCCUCACAAGUCCCACCUAGAGAACCAGCAGGCUCAUGCUCACAAUUCAGCUGAAAUUCACCCAGCCACUGCCAAGUCACCGACUUCUGACCCUACCAAAACCGAGGAUACGCCUUCGUGGGGCGGCCCAUGGCGUCGUGAUGCCAAGAAAUCCGCCACCACUACCAAAAAGGCCAGCGAUAAACGUGAGAUGAAAGUCUUCCGAAAGUCCAGCAGCCAUGCGAACUCUUCGACUUCGGCUUCGGCUCCUGGCAGUGUUACCGCUGAGCAGGCCGACAGGCCGUCUCAGCCGAGUGCUUCUGCCCACCACCCAAAUACUCCUUCGGACAAGCAUGGUACGCUGAACCCCGUUGGUAGUGCAUCGGCGUUUGGAUGGCUCAACCCGGCCCCUCGCAACGCCUCGUCCUAG